AAUUCUUAGUUACUCGAAAUCUUAUUCUUCCUAAUAAACUUUCCAUAAACAAAGUAACGCACUGACUGAACCACUCGACAACGAUAUUGGGAUGCAUUGGGUCCAGCGCCCCGCUGUUACCCCCCACCCCUCAGUAAACCGCCAAUGAAACUCUGCGCGGCCGUAUACACCGCCGAGCCAAUCAGAAAAUUCGGGCGCUGCGGACUGCUUAUAAAAGGCGCGCACUCCGGCUAGUUGGGUCAGAUCGUUGGAGACCGCGGAGGAAAGCGGACGCAGCAGAAGAAGAUUAAAAUCGAAGAAGGACCAACCCGAGGAGAAUACGAAGUCAACAAGGAUAACAUCGGAAGCAGAACGAAAAGGACGAGCAUGGGAAUAAUCCGCAAUGGAAUACUACAAAACAGUAUCCAUACCCAGUACUACAGACUAGUCUAGAAGGAUGUUCCAAAUUUUUGGAUCACAACGAAUAUCCAAAUGUCGGAGACUCAUUGGGAACCUGGAUAUUGGAAGCAGAAUAAUAAGGACAAGAAUCGAAAUAACUGACAAUGUAAAUAUCUACAAAAGAAUAUCCAAAACCGAUACUGCAGCUAGCCCAGAAGGAUGUUCCAAGUUUUUGGAUUACAACGAGAUGUUGGAGACUCAUCUGGAACCUACAUACUGUUACUGGUUGACAACAGGACUCAUGCAUAGCUUCUCUAUCGGGUUACGGUGCUUUAACGUUGGGUCGGAAACUCCCAUGACUACUAUAAUAAUGUUAACCCAGUUGCACUCGGGACAGUGAUGUGACUAACAAAGCCGCGUAAAAAAGUGAAUCUAAAAAGUUGUUAAAAAAAUUAUAACGUGAGGUUAUAUCGGCCAGUGCAGGCGUGACCAACGAACCGAGGUCAUUUUCUCUCGGGUAGAAGAGCUGACGACGGACAAAGUCAACGAGACAGAAACGCACACACUUCGUCAUCGAUCUUGGUAUGUGUAGUAACCCAGAUUUUUUUUCCUUUAUCUUUUUUUCGUUGUGCACUUCUUUUUUUUCCCUCCUGGGAAAGUCAUCGGUUUCCUACAACGGUGAAAUAGGGAUCUAUUAUUUGCACUCGGCCAAUGCCAUUCGCUUGAUAGAACGUAAGAGGUAGAUUCGGCUUGGACGCACGUACGCCUUCGAUUGGGCUCUUCAAGAAUGAUUGCGCACUGCUGCAUUUGGUACACGAUUUUAUUAUGUGAGGGAAGUUAGGAGAGUU